UUCUUUGUUGCAGUCCGUAAAGGAAGACCCUUUGGCAUCAUAAAAAUAAAGGGGUAUCGUGGCAUCUUGGAUUGAAGCAACUAACAUAGUCUAGAAUUGGAUGUUAUGAUCUUCUUUUUUUAUGAGAUUUUCAGUAUUUAACAUCAGAAGUAAUAGAUAAUAACGGACAGUCUUAGUCCUCAACUCAAGGGGAAUUUAGCCAGCUCAUUGACUGGGGCAACAGGAGUGCUCGCAUAGCAACGGUAAAAUGGAAAGUAACCUGACAAUAACUACUAAUCCAACGGUGGCAGUUCGUCUGACAAGUACGGUCUCCGCCUUUGAAGUCAACCGGCGAUUCAACAGAGGGAUUACCAUCGCCGAAUUUAAGAGUAAGCUGGAGCUGGUGGUAGGUACUCCAGCUUCCUGUAUGGAAUUGCAUUUGUUCAGUACCUCAGACAAAUUUCUGCAGAAACUGGAUGAUAAUGAGGCUCUUCUGGGCUCUUACCCUGUUGAUGACGACUGCAGAAUCCACGUGAUUGACCAGAGUGGUGCCCAGAGUGGAGAAUUCAGUGAUCUGUCCAAGGUGGAAAAAUUUGAACUAUCUGAUGAAGCCUAUGAAAAAAGGGCAGACUCUUUGCGAAACUUUAAGAAGAAUAUGAAACUGGGCCGGUUUAACGAGGAGAAUGCGGCCAAACGAGAGGAGACGUUGGCCAUUAAAGAGGCAGAGGAGAAAGCUGCAGCUGAAGCUAUCACUGUGGGCAGCCGCUGUAAAGUACAGGUCACUGGGCAGCCCACCAAGAUUGGCACCGUGAUGUAUGUGGGGACGACUGACUUUAAGCCGGGGCACUGGGUGGGUGUCAUGUACGAUGAGCCACUGGGGAAGAAUGAUGGCAGUGUAAAUGGGAAACGCUACUUCCAAUGUGAGCCCAAGUACGGUGCAUUCGUCAAGCCCCUCUCUGUGACUGUGGGAGACUUCCCCGAGGAAGACUAUGGUCUGGAUGAGAUGUAAGCCUCACCCCUACGCGGAUCAAAGGCAGAGAGGAGAGGUCUGCCCCGGAGGGUUGAACUCUGACCUGUGCCCUCUGAUAUCUGAAACGGAGGCAGGCGGGAUCCCAGUCAUCUUAGCCAAUAUCAUUGAUUUUUGUUUUGCACUGGUCACAAUGACUUGACAAUGUUUCCCAUUCAAACUGUGUGUCUCUUUGACAGUGGCAAUGCUUAGAAAACAGGAAAGACCAAAAACAUUCAGAAGUCACGUGUGCUGUGCGAAGAUCCAUCUCUUUCUGUUUAAUCUGAUUGUGUGUUGAGUAUGCUCUGAUGUUGCGGUCUUGAUCUGAAUGCGUGUUGAGAAUCAGGAUGCGUAUUGAGUAUGCUCUGAUGUUGCGGUCUUGAUCUGAAUGCGUAUUGAGAAUCAGGAUGCGUAUUGAGUAUGCUCUGAUGUUGCGGUCUUGAUCUGAAUGCGUGUUGAGAAUCAGAAUGCGUGUUGAGUAUGCUCUGAUAUUGCAGUCUUGAUCUGAACGUGUGUUGAGAAUCAGAAUGCGUGUUGAGUACACUCUGAUGUUGCGGUCUUUACAUAAGUUCUCACUUUAUUGUACCCCAUCUGUCCAGCGGCUCCUGUGUCAACAACAGGCCAGGAACACAGGCUCUGAUACACUGAUAUAAUAAAUCAUUAGGCAGUGAUUCAAUCAUUUCAGAAUCAUUCUUUUUUUAUUAUCUUUUCUGUUUGGAUUAACCAGACUGCAUAUACUGUUAGUUUUUUUUUUUUUUUUUUUGGUCUUGGUAAGACUGAGAAGUUGACUGAUAGUCUGUCACUUGUGACUCUGUGCACUGCUCUCCUCCAGCAGCCUCUCCGUUUUUCCAUCCCUGAGGUGCUCAGUACUGAACUAACACUGAGUCACGUUGAGUCUAAGGGCGUUCAUAGUUUGAUAUGUUUUUGAGCACACAACAUUUGCUUCUGACUAACAUGAGAUGUCCUUUGCCUUACCCCACAGGAAAAUGGAAGUGGUAUGCAAACGUGGUAGCCAUAGCGAUAUCAAUGUGUAAGGCAAGGUUUUUUUUGUUUUUUUUUUCUCAAUGGGACAGAGGUUUAUUGAUUUCUCUCACAUCCCCUGUGGCAUGCAGAGAGUGUGUGGUGGUGUGCAGAUAAUUGCCUUAAUUCUAACAUGUAGUACAGAGGAUUGUCUGUCAUGUUUUCAUUAAGGAUGCAGAGUUUAAUCUAGCACUCAAUUUGAGAAACAGAGUUACUGGAGUUUUCAACACUGCUUUGUAGUUUGUGCGUAAAAUCUGAUGACACUACCAACGUCAACCAUUAUCCUUAACCAAUCAUGAGUCUUGUUUGUGGUUUAGCACGCUGUAAUACUAUUGGUCUGUUUUCUUAAAGAAGUCAAAACAUACUCAGUGAUUUUAAAAGUAACUAAUAUUAAGCAGGAGACGCAUGUUGGUCACCGUCACUUUUUUCAAACAUAUACUGUGUAACUUUAAGUGCGAAGACGAGUGUUUGUGGAGUAUCUGUUUGUCUGAAGAAAUGAUCACAUCAGUUGUAACGUAGACUCUUUUCAGAAAGGCCUUCAAAUACUCAAAUCCUUUGUCUUUAAAAGCUACACAGGGGGUGGGGCUGUCAUGCAGGCUGUUUGUAAUGCACUUUUCAUACUGCUUUGUCUUACUUAAGGCCCUGUACACCUGACUGUAUGAUUUCAUCUCUAUUGAUUCAUUCUCUUCAGCUGCGUGGAAAUCUGUCACUCAACCUGGAGAGUUUGGACAUUUUGGCCUUCUGUUCCUGUUUAGAUUUUCUUUUUUAUUAUUUGUUCGUGGUUGAACGCUGUGUGUGUAUUGCGCUCACAAAUUGUUUUAGAAUCUGUUCAGUGUAUCGAAAUGUUUAAUGUGUCCUUUUUAUGCCAAAGUGUAAUAUUAAUUUCUGCUGGAAUAAAUAAAUAAAUUCAACUCAAAACCAA